GGCCCCGCUUGCUCAUCAUCUUCCCACAUUUCCAGUAUCCUUUACAGCAUUUAUUAAACCAACUAAUUUAUGUAUUUUACCAGUGAACUUCGACCCCAUACUCUCUCCGGCAUCUCCUCACCAUUUCCGACUGAUCGUCGUCUGUCUCAGUUAGGUGAGUAUCCAUCUGAUCUGAAAAGGAAGAAGGUAUGUCUUCGUCUGAAAAUCCUGAGAUAGUGGAAAGGGUUGUCAAGGACAAGGAAGACAAAGAGGAAGAAAAGGGCGGGUUCAUUGACAAGGUGAAGGAUUUCAUCCAUGAUAUAGGCGAGAAGAUAGAGGAGACAAUAGGGUUUGGAAAACCAACUGCAGAUGUUGCAGGGAUUCAUAUUCCUCAUAUCAAUCUUGAAAAGGCAGAAAUUGUUGUUGAUGUGUUAGUGAAGAAUCCAAAUCCUGUCCCCAUCCCUCUCGUUGACAUAAACUACUUAAUUGAGAGUGAUGGAAGGAAGUUGAUUUCUGGGCUUAUCCCUGAUGCUGGAACUAUCCAUGCGCAUGGUUCAGAAACUAUCAAGAUACCCGUUAACCUGAUUUAUGAUGACAUUAAGAGUACAUAUAAGGAUAUACAACCUGGAAGCAUAAUCCCAUACAGGAUAAAGGUUGAACUCAUAGUGGACGUCCCUGUAUUCGGCAGGUUAACUAUUCCUCUUGAGAAAACUGGUGAAAUUCCCAUCCCUUACAAGCCAGAUAUUGAUCUUGAGAAGAUUCAGUUCAAGAGUUUCUCUUUUGAGGAAACGGUUGCUGUACUUCACUUGAAAUUGGAAAACAUGAAUGACUUUGAUCUCGGCCUCAAUUCUCUUGACUAUGAUCUUUGGCUGUCUGAUGUGAACAUUGGGGGUGCUGAACUUGACAAGUCUGCCAACAUUCAGAAAAAAGGAAUUACCUACAUUGACCUUCCUGUCACUUUCAGACCCAAGGAUUUUGGCUCAGCUCUAUGGGAUAUGAUAAGGGGCAGAGGGACUGGCUACACGAUGAAAGGACACAUCAAUGUGGAUACACCCUUUGGAGCAAUGAAACUACCCAUCAGCAAGGAGGGUGGUACCACCAGUCUCAAGAAGAAUAAGGAAGAUGGAGGUGAUGAUGAGGAGGAGGAUUGAAGCUGUGCUUUGAGUUGAUUCAGGUAAGAAAAUGUCUGUUUGCUGAAGACUGGUUUUGAAGAUAAUAAUUCGAGGGAUUUGUACUAUGCGCCAAUUUGUUUGGACACUAUCCGUGCUAUGUUUUAGAAUAUUCAUGGAAAUUAUGUGUUUGUUUUGUUUUACAUUAUGUGGAUGUUAUGUUAUUGCGAUGAAAUGCUGAUGUAUGUUUGUGGUUAUGCUCACUAGACAAAUUAUUAUUGUUACGGAGUAUUAUUAUUGUUGUUGUAAUUUAAUUAUUGCUAUGAUUAUCAUGACUAUUUACAAAAAAUUAAAGGUGUGCAUAUAUAUCAACUAGUAUUUUACCCGGGCGCCCCGGACGAAUGUUGUGAAUGUUUGAAUACUUUGUAAGAUAUAUAUAUUAUAGAAUCUUUA